AUGGGGGGGGGGCGUCCGCUGACCACCUGCCCGCUGGAGCAGCUGGAGCACCAACACGACCAGGCUACUUGCCUGGUGUCCAGGAAGGAUCGCCCACCCCCUCUGCGGGCUUGUGUUCGAGGACACCUCUCCUCUGGGGGUUUAACUGGAUUUGGCUUGGCUCCGGAUGCAGCCGGUGGCUGCGGAGUAACUCCCGAGGACCCCCUGCUCCCAGACAUACGGGAUGGAGACGGUCACCCCUCUCUGGACUCCGAAGCACGGGCUGGGCGGCUGCUCUGCCAGGAGGCCUCCGGAGGGCACGGCCUGACGAGCUGGGACGAAGCGGUGCAGGAGCCAGUCGGAGAAUCCAGCCCAUGGGUCCACUUGGCCCAGCCCCACUACGAGGGUCCAGGGGGGCUUGGGGAGCCUGACAACUGGAAGGCCGGGCCUUCAGAGGGUGACCAUGGAUGUCCCCCCACCUGUCAGCGGGCAAAGGGCCCCGAGUCCCCUUGUGCGGCCUGGUCCCCGACGAGGCCUGAAGCGGGUCAAGGCGUGUCACCACCGCAGUGCCCAGGGCCGAGGCCCCAGCGGGGCCGCCCCUGUCCGGCCCAGCCGGCCCGGUGCCAGGCCUCGGCGGUGGCACGAAGCCACCGGGGCCGCCGGGCUCAGGCCGGGCCCGCCCCCUCCCUCUGCCCGGCUCGGCGGCCACAAGUGCGGGGGCUUCACCAGCCCCCGCCCGCUCCUUCCCUGCCCUCGGCCCGCGCUGCCCCAGAAAGGCCCGGACACGAUACCGACGCCCCCCCUCAACCCGGGGGCGUCGGCGACCCCCGACCCGGCCCCCAAAACUGCCACGACCCCCGACACAUCCCCCAAAACGGCCACGACCCCCGAUACAAACCCCUAAAACGGCCACGACCCCCGACACAUCCUCCUCUAAACGACCACGACCUCCCACCCGUUCCCCUCAAAACGGCCCCGACUCCCGCCCCGUCCCAUUCCAAACGGCCACGACCCCCCCACGACCCCCGCCCCGUCCCCCCCAAAACGACCACGACCUCCGACCCGUCCUCCUCAAUACGGCCACGACCCCCGCCCCGUCCCCCCCAAAACGGCCACGACCCCCGACAACAUCCCCCUCGAAACGACCACGACCCCCGACCCGUCCUCCUCAAUACGGCCACGACCCCCCGCCCCGUCCCCCCCAAAACGGCCACGACCCCCGACAACAUCCCCCUCGAAACGACCACGACCCCCGACCCGUCCCCCCCAAAACGGCCACGACCCCCGCCCCGUUCCCCCCAAAACGACCACGACCCCCGACACAUCCCCCUCCAAACGGCCACGACCCCCGACACAUCCCCCUCCAAACGGCCACGACCUCCGAACCGUCCCCCCCAAAACGACCACGACCCCCGACCCGUCCUCCCCAAAACGACCACAACCGCCGUAAUGUCCCCCCCCAAAGCGACCACAACCCCGACGGCCACGACCCCCGACCCGUCCCCUGAAAACGACGACGCCCCCCGUGAUGUCCCCCCCAAAACGGCCACGACCCCCGUGACGUCCCCCGGCGCAGCGCUUACCGUGGUCGGGGGCUUCAGCGCGGAUGGGCGGCGGGCCGGGGGCGGGCCACGGGGCGGGGGGCCGGCGGGUCCCUAUGGGGCCCGGGGCGGCCCCCCGGGGGUCGGGCGGGGUCCCGGCCCCGUCCCCAUCUCCAUCCCCCCGCGGGGCCCGGCUCGCCCCGGAGGCCCCCCGGGCGGCGGCGGCUCAUGGGCGGCCCAUGGGAUGCCGGGAAGGGAGGAGGGAUGCCGGGAAGGAGGGAUGGAGGGAGGGCGAGCAGCGGCGCGGAGGAUGCGCUCCGCGGCCCCGGUCCCGGCCCGACUGACAGGCGCGAGCCGCCGCCGCCUCCGCCGCCGGCGGCGCCUCCUCCCGCUCGGCCAAUCAGCGCCCGCCCCGAACCCGUUGCCGGGGCGACGCGCCGCCGCGGGCCGCGAGGGGCGGGGCCGCCCGGCGCCACGUGGGAUUUUCGCGGCAAAAUUCAAAGGACCGAACGGCGCCCCCCGGCGGCCGGACCGCCGGGGCCCCGUGGGAGAGGCCGACUGCGCAGGCGCCAGCGGGGAGGGGCGUGGCCUGCCCUGGUGGCCACAUUGCUUCUCGGGAGUGGGGGGCCGCAGCCUGAUGGAUUCUUGA